AUGAACGCCAAGAUGGGUGGUGUUCCAUAUAAAUCCAAGGGGUGCAAUACAUGCCGACGACGAAAAGUCAGGUGCGAUGAGACGAAGCCGGAAUGCAUGCGAUGCGUGAAGAACGGGCAUGAGUGCCUGGGCUAUGAGAGGCGUCGCGUGUUCAUUCAGGGAGCAAGUAAAACCUCGCAUACUCUUGCUCAUCGACCCCGAGAUCCACCAGCAGAGCAAUCAUCAAGCAGCGAGACAUCUAGUUCUAGUUCUCCCGAAGCAGACUCUGAUAUUCCCUGGUUUGAUGUGAAUCCUGAGACGCGGAUUCAAUUUGUGGCCAACUUUGUUGAUUGCUUCGAGCCUUCGGCUGUGAUUCGAGAUGGGAAAUAUCGCACCUUUACGCAUCUUCAGGACACUUUCCCCGGCUUUGUUGGCAGCAGUCCAGUCCUUGAUAAGGCCGCGACGGCGCUGAGCGCGGCCUUUCUUGCCAAGACGAAACAAAAUAAUGAUUUACUAACGUACAGUACGAGACUUUAUGGCCAAAUUCUCCAGACUGUCCAUAGCCGGAUUCGUUCCGGGCGAAAGUGUGGCCAGGACUUGCUGUUUGCUACAGUGAUCUUUCAGAUUUACGAGUUGGUCAAUUGCUCGCCCCUUGGGUUCCGUGCGUGGCUGGCCCACGUUCAAGGAAGCAAUGCCAUCCUGGCCCAGUAUAAUAGUCCAAGUCCGCUCAGUGUGACAGAGCAUCUAUUCCGCCGGCAGUUGAAAUUCGUUACGGUGUGCGAUGCAGUCGGCAUGCGCAAAUCUGCGUACAAUUACAGCCAAUUCUGGCAGAAUCCGCCGCCAGAAAACCCCUGGCGAGAACCGGUCGACAUUAUACUUGAUUCUAUCAUGGAAUGUUCGUCACUCAUGGAACAAGUUGACAGUCUAAUUCAGUCUGGAGACCCGAGUGUGCGAAGGGAAUACGAAAAAGGAGAACAAUUGCUUGGUUCAUGUUUAUCCUUUAAAGAUCAACUUGAUAUUGACUUUCGUGGGAUGCAAAAAGUGCUUGGGAUUCCAUGGUCUUUCCCACAACAAGAACCUUUCUGGAGUGAACUUGACCACACCAUUCCACAAGAUAUAUUUCCCGACGCCAUUGACUAUCCGUCUCUCACUUGUUCCGAAUCCCAUCUACUUUGGUGGACAACUUUUAUACUGCUUUACCCUCUCAUUGAUGAGCUUCUCAUAUUUCUUGGUCGGCCACGAAGCAAUGUUCAAUUCACAUUGUGGGAUGUUCCACCUUCCUAUGACCCGGCCGCCUCAACUACCACACUAGUCAACGACCUUCCCGAAGACGUCCUCGCUGUGGCUGAACAUUACGCUAACCUGAUAUGCCGUUCUGCGAAGUUUCUUGUCCAACCUCAAGCGAAAGGCAUGGGCGCUCAAAUAUUGCUUGCUCCGUUCAGUCAAGCAACCCAAUUCUAUCACAGCCGGGGGGCUACUGAUAAGCACCGAUGGUGUCAGACAGUGUUCAUGUGCCUCCCAAAGCUGGGCUUUGGCAUAGCUCCUUUCUUGAAGGAUAUGAUCUGGCCCAAAUAUGAGGUUGCGACUGCAAAGAAAGCUCAAUCGUCCUCGCCAGAAUCGGCAGAGUCAAGUAGUUGA